AUGCUGCCCGCCACCGCUGCCGCCGCCCGCAGCAGCCGGAAGGCUGCUGCUGCUGCUGCUUCCUCUUUCGCGCAGCUGCAGCAAAUCCGCUGCGCCUCCAAAGACAUUCGGUUUGGCUCUGAGGCCCGCAUGCAGAUGCUCGCAGGGUGCAACAGGCUGGCGGACGCAGUGGGGGUGACUCUGGGCCCGAAGGGGCGCAACGUGCUGCUGCAGCAGCCCUUCGGGGCCCCCAAAAUAACCAAAGACGGAGUGACUGUGGCGAAGGCCAUCGAGCUGCAGCAAAAGGCCGAAAACGCCGGCGCGCUGCUGCUGCGGCAAGUUGCUGCAGCAGCAAACGACGCAGCAGGCGACGGCACCACAACAGCAACAGUGCUGGGCCGCGCCAUUUUCAAGGAAAGCUGCAAGGCCAUCGACGCAGGAAUGAACCCCAUGGACAUCCUCAGGGGCAAGCCCUGCUGCUGCUGCUGCUGCUGCUGCUGCUGCUGCGGUGCUGCGGUGCUGCUGCUGCUGCUGCUGCUGCUGCGGUGGUGGUGGUGGUGCUGCUGCUGCAGCAGCAGCAGAACUGCCGCUGCUGCAGCAGCAGAACUGCCGCUGCUGCAGCGGCAGAACUGCCGCUGUUGCUGCAGCAGAACAGCCGCUGCUGCAGCAGCAGAACUGCUGCUGCUGCUUCUGCUGCUGCUGCUCAGGGAUAAAGCUGGCAGUGUCGGAAGUGCUGCGGCGGCUCUCUGCUGCUCGGAAGGAAGUAUCAACUCGGGAAGAAAUAGUUGCUGUUGCAGCAAUCAGCAGCAACGGAGACAAAGAAGUUGGAGAAUUAAUUGCUGCAGCAAUAAAGUCGGAAGAGAAGGAAAUAUAACUGUUGCUGAAGGAAGAGGACUGCAGCACGAGCUCGAAGUUGUCGAGGGUUUGAGGUUUGAGCGAGGGUUUUUGAGUCCUUUUUUUGUUUCCGACAAUCAGCAGCAAAAAGCGGUUUUGCAAAACCCCUUUUUGCUGCUGCUCGACAAAAAGCUGCAGCAGCUGCAGCUGCUGCUGCCCGCUCUCGAGUUCGUGCUGCAGAAGCAGGCAGCGCUUCUCAUUGUUGCGGAAGACGUCGACAGCGAGGCGCUGGCGACUUUGGUGGUGAAUAAGCUGCGUUUGGGCCUGAGGGUUUGCGCGGUGAAGUCCCCAGGGUUUGGAGACAGCCGCAAGGCGCAGCUCUACGACUUGGCCACUCUCACUGGCGCCAAGGUCGUGGGCGACGACUUGCCGUGCGUUGGAGACGAGAAGUUGGACAUCGUUUCCAUGCUGGGCAAAGUGAGCACUUCAGGGUUUAGGGUUUAG